UCACCCCCACCCCUCCACCUGCUCCCCUGAGACGUGACCAUUGUCCCCCAGCAAUAAGAACACUGAGCAUGUGGCAGCUCCACAUUCCUCAUUGUCCUUCCAAGCUCACCCAUUGGCUACAGAGUGUGAGAAACUACAUCCAGACCAAGACCCACACAUUCAUAUGCAGAUUUGGGACUAUAUAUAGGAGACAUGAAGCCAGUAGAGUCAGAUUAACUUUACACAGAGACCCCUACAGAACAGAGACACAGACAUGGUACCUACAAUCACCUCAGCUAGCAUCUACUCUAAGGAGCACCUGACUCUGACAAACAAGUUAAGAAAGCCAGUGGUUGAGAAGUUACGCAGAGAUCGUAUCAACAGCAGCAUUGAGCAACUCAAUUCUCUUUUGGGUCCAGAGAUCCUCAACCAUCCACCCGACUCCAAGCUGGAGAAAGCUGACAUCCUGGAGAUGACAGUUUGUUACCUGAGACAACUGCAACAGAACCAGACAGGAAGCUCCACCUCCCCUUCAGCACCUGUCAAUCAGGGUUACUCCAGGUGUGUCCAAGAGAUUGCUCACUUCCUGUCUAAAGAUGAGGUGAAGACACAGUCCCAGAGAAGACUGCUGAGCCACUUCCAGAGCCUGCUGCCCUCCUCUGAUAUGAACAGGAGGGAGAGUGACCUGCCUCAGCUGAGCUCCUCAGACCAGCACAGCUUCAGCAAAGAGAGGAGUCCAGUCAACAGCGCCCUCUGGAGGCCAUGGUAGAGUCUUACAGACUGGAGCUCCACUCUCAGACAAACAGUUGACCGUAUUGGUCUAACAUUAAUAUCAUGGACAGUAAUGACAACAGGAAGACAUCCUUUACCUCUUCUGUUUAUGCAGGACUUUUACAAGUCUUGGUGUUAUUGACACUUUUUCUUUUUGCUGUAAUGCAGUUCUACAGGUUUUCUGUGAAAAUGUUCUUAUCUAUUCAAACUACAUUUUGUAGUGUUUACUGACAAUAACAUAAUGUUUAAGUUUUUGGAAAUGUCAUCAAUAUAUUUAUCAUGAGUUGGACUUUUUAAUUCAGUUUUACUGAACAAGUUAAAUUAAGGACCACAACUUUUAAAUUGUAAUAUUUGUUUUGUGAAGCAUGUUCAUAUUGUUGAUCAUGUGUGUAUAUAUGAUCAAUAAUAGGUAUAUUGAUCUUCAAUGAGGAUUUCUAACCCAAAAUGGGUUUUAUAUUAACAAUCCCUUUGUGAUUGUCUAAUAUUAAUGUGUUUUUGAUAUUUUACCACUCCAUUUGUGUAGUGAUAUUGUCAUAUUGAAAGCGUUUUGAUUAUCUUUUGUAAAGAAUGCCUCAGUUAUAUAUUUGAUAUUGAUCAUCUUGAUACAGCAUCACUGUUCCUCCAUGAGGAUUAUUUUUACUAACUGAUUAUCAUACCAGUUAUCAUCUCUGUGAUUAGAGAUUAUUGAUCUGUUUUAAGAUCACACUUUGUGUCAAAUGUCACAUAAUAAUGAUGAUGAGGACAAUAAUGUCUACUGUAUUGUUAAUAUGGGAAACAUUGAUAUCUCUCAUUGUUAAACCUCUUGUUUAUUUUAAACAAUGAUGUUGUCUUAUAGAAAGACAGUAACUGUGGAUCCUUUACUCUGAUAAAGUAUCAUGUUUUGGAGAUUUUACCAAGUUCUGGUUAUGUUAAAUUUCAUCACUUUACUCUUACUUU